GCUGCGUGUCCCUGCGCCCCGAGCCGCCUCCAUAUUAACGAGUCCUCCCAGCCAGCCAUCCCGGGGAGAGCCAUGCCGGGCAUGAUGGACAAAGGCACCGAGUUCCUGGGCAAGAGCCGCUCCAACGGCACCAAGAGCCCGUCCAGCGCCUCCAACGGCCACUACUCCGAGGAGAGCGGGAGCGACGACGAGCACGGCGAUGUGGGUAUGAGGGUGGGAGCCGACUUCCAGGCCCAGAUCCCGGACUACGAGCCCGGGGCUACAAAGUAUACCGAUAAGGACAGCGGAGGGAUGUUGGUGUGGUCUCCUUAUCAUAGUAUAUCAGAUCUGAAGUUGGAUGAGUAUAUUGCAAUUGCAAAAGAAAAACACGGCUACAACGUGGAACAGGCCCUCGGCAUGCUGUUUUGGCACAAGCACAAUAUUGAGAAAUCCCUCGCUGACCUGCCCAACUUUACACCCUUUCCCGAUGAAUGGACGGUGGAAGACAAAGUUCUUUUUGAACAAGCAUUCAGUUUCCACGGGAAGAGUUUCCAUAGGAUUCAACAGAUGCUUCCAGAUAAAACAAUAGCUAGCCUUGUUGUGAAAUACUACUACUCUUGGAAAAAAACACGAUCUCGGACAAGUUUAAUGGACAGACAGGCACGGAAGUUGACCAGUAAAAACAAUGGAGAAAGUGAUGAAGAAGUGGAGCCUGGAAGUCCUAAGGAUGGAAAUGAUAGUGAUUAUGAUCCCAAAAAAGAAGCCAAGAAGGAGGCGACCACGGAAACCUGUAUUCAGCCAGUAAAAGUUGCACUUGGUAGAAGAGAAUACCAAAGUUUGCAGCAUCGACACCACUCUCAGCGGUCCAAAUGCCGGCCUCCAAAGGGCAUGUACAUAAGCAAGGACGAUGUUGUAGCUGUGUCAUGUAGCCCAAAUGCCGCCAAUACUAUUCUUCGGCAACUGGACAUGGAACUAAUAUCAUUAAAGCGUCAGGUUCAGAAUGCUAAGCAGAUAAACAGUGCACUUAAACAGAAGCUGGAUGGCGGAAUAGAGGAGUUCAAACCAGCAGAGGUAAAGCCGACAACCUAUGUCCUCCAUGUUACUCUCUCAGGUUUGAGCUUACUGAAAUUGUAA